AUGACGCCACCACUAAAAAGCAAUAUCUGGACUUACUUUAAAUUAGACAAAAAUAAUUCGGAGAAGUCUGAGUGUAAAAUAUGUGGUAAAAGUUACUCGUGGAAGGGGCGUACUACUACUUCCUUGAAAAAUCACCUGAAAUCAAUGCACCCGAAAGAGUUUCUUUUAUUCGAAACCGCGAAUAAUGAGAACAAGAUGAAGAAAAAAAAAAUGAUGCAGGAAGUGCUACAAAAAGAAAAAAAGUGGGAAUUUAACAAUAAUAAUUCGAAAAAGAUUGAUAAACUUAUUGGAGAAAUGAUAGAGCUUCAAAAUUUAUCAUUCAACUUUGUUGAGGGACUUGGAUUUCGCCGUCUUGUGCAAGAAUUAGCUCCGAAAUAUAAUUGUAGAGGACGCAUUUUUUUUACUGAUUUCGUGUGCAAUGAAUUGUAUGAAAAAGUGGCUGGGAAAGUUAAAGAAAUGAUUGGAAGCUAUGAUUAUAUGUCAUUUACUUCAGAUAUAUGGACAGAUCCCAGUUCAGGUGCUUCUUUGCUUAGUCUGGCUUGCCACGGAAUAUCAGAUAAAUUUGAGCGAUCGUCAAUUGUAUUAAAAUGCGAGACUUUUGAUGACCGUCAUACUGGUGACAUAAUUGCAGAAAAAUUCAAGACAAUGCUUGCUGAAUGGAAUAUUUCAACUGAAAAAGUGCAUUGCAUAGUACGAAACGAGGGCUCCAACAUGAAAAGAGGUAUGCGGUUAGCGUUGUCUGAUGACUUGGAUUGUACCGUUCAUAAGAUGCAGAUUGCUAUAAGACAUGGUUUACAACCACAGGAAAACAUAAAAGGCGUCAAAGAAAAAUGUAAAAAAAUUUCAACUCAUUUUAACCAUUCAACUAUUGCUCAAAAGCAACUUGAGAAAAUUCAAGAUAGGCUAAAUCAACCGCAUUUGAAAGUAUUCCAGGAUUGCGUGACGCACUGGAACAGCACAGACUACAUGUUUGAGCGUUUUACAAAGAUAAAAGAUGCUUUGAGUCUUUACGCAAAUGACAACAAAAUUGAAUCAAUUUUUCCAGAAGAGUGGAGAGUAAUAGAAUGUUGUCUUGAACUACUGAAACCUUUUGAAGAAGCCACUCAUGAAAUGAUCACGGAAGAAAAAAUAAAGGAUGCUAUUUUGAAGAUCGUAAAUGAUCCAGUUUCCACUGGAUCUCCUGAAUCGUCACCAAGUUGGGAAACGUCAAAAAGGAGGAGAUUGGAAGAUGCUCUCGAUCCUGAACCAGGGACAUCUGGUAUGGGUAAUAAGAGUGGCUUUAAAAACGAUCUUGCCAUGAUGUUAGAUUCAUCAAGCGAAGAUGAAGGUGAAGGAGAACCUGACGACAGUAGCCCCGACAUUCUUCUUCGGAAAGAACUUGUUAUUUUUACAUUUGUCUAUAGUAGCUUUGUCUAUCAGUUCAUAGGAGUCACGAUAGUGGAUUACAUAUUCAUGGUCGGGGACGAUGGAUAG